CAAUCUUUCCGCUCUUCAACUUUGUGACAGGAGACCCUGAAAUAUCUCGUAUUUGUUUAGCAGCCUGAGCUUUGUCUUCACCAUGGUUGAGCGUUUUGUUGGAAACUGGACUCUGGUUGCCAGCGAGAACUUUGAUGAAUACAUGAAGGCAAUCGGUGUGGGCUUGGCCACUCGGCAAAUGGGCAACGUGAUAAAACCGAAGCUGGUCAUCAGUGUGGAUGAUGCUGGGGUUAUUUCAAUGAAGUCUGAAAGCACGUUCAAGACCACUGAAGUCAAGUUCAAGCUGAAUGAAGAGUUCGAGGAGACUACUGCAGACGGCCGAAAUACCAAGACCAUCAUCACUCUUGAGAAUGGCAAACUUGUGCAACAACAGACGUGGGAUGGAAAGAAGACGACACUGGAACGAGAGUUUCAAGACGGGAAACUAACAGCUAAAUGUAUCAUGGAUGACGUUGUUGCAAUGAGGACAUAUGAGCGAGCGGCUUAAUUGCUUUUGUUCCACAUCCAAGUUGAGCUAGGACCCUCUGUUCCUUUAGCCAACCCAAAUGCACUGAGCGAUUGCCAAACAAUAAAGUCUGAACUGCGAUA